UUUCGGGCAAAUAAUCUUACAUGAAUAUUGACACUGUACUCGAAUGCUGAAUAGUUUUUUAAAAUAUAUACAUAACAACAUGGGUGUGAAAUUGAAUUGUUAAGAUUAUUGGAAAAUAAUUUCAUAGAAAUAUGAUACGAAAUUGUGUGACAAGAUGCAUACGAUGCACACAGCAUUGUCGAAUCGUUGCAAAUAGCCGUAAAUUAUCGAGAUCGCAUCAACAUCGGAGUUCAGCAUCAAAUGUGAACAUUUUCGAUCGGGUGGCCAAACAGGCACAAAAAGAUCGAGCAUUUCAACGCGAAGAUGCCGAUGUAUUUGACUAUAUCAAAGCUGAAGUCGGUGAACGAUUGGUUGAUCGAAUGUUUGACUUAACCAAAGAAUGUAAAAUUACGGCUGAAAUUGGAUGUGGCCGUGGAUUUAUCACACGCCAUGAAUUACCCGAUGGCAUCGAGCAGUUCUAUUUGUGUGAUUCCAGUGAAGUGGCUCUGAAACAGGCUGAAGCUGCUGCAAAGCCGGAAGGAUAUAAAAUCACGACCAUUCACAUGGAUGAAGAAGCGCCAAAGUUUGAUGAAAACUCUUUAGAUAUGGUAAUAUCGAAUCUGAGCUUGCACUGGGUCAACGAUUUGCCGGGAUGCUUUCGAUCGAUUAUCAAAAGCCUUCGGCCGGAUGGAGUGUUUUUGGCGUCAAUUUUCGGUGGUGACACUCUAUUUGAACUGAGAUCCGCAUUGCAACUGGCGGAAAUUGAACGGAAGGGUGGUAUCUCGGCACAUAUUUCACCAUUCACUCAGGUUCAAGACAUUGGUUCGCUAUUGAAUCAGGCUGGUUUCAAAAUGCUAACAAUCGAUACAGACGAACUGGUCAUUGGAUAUCCAUCGAUGUUUGAAUUAAUGUAUGACUUGAAAGGAAUGGCCGAAAACAAUGCAUCAUAUACUCGACCGUUACACUUGAGCCGUGAUGUGAUGACUGCGGCGUCAGCAAUCUAUAACGAACUGUACAAAGUAGAAAAUGGAGUGAGUGCCACUUUUCAAUUGAUCCAUUUGGUGGGUUGGAAACCGGGCCCAAAUCAACCACAACCAUUGCAACGAGGCAGUCAAAAUGCAUCAUUCGCAGACUUAGGCAUAUUAACACAACAAAACGACGAUGAUACGAAGAAAUAGUUGUACAUUUUGUUUGGAAUAAAUUAAAAAUUGUUCAAUUGAAA